AUGUCUGAGCUUCUUCGUCAGAAUCGGUUAGCUCAACGACAAAGACAGCUUCAGCGCUGGGACAAAUGUGGCACAGCUGAUCGCUGUCAGCCACAUAUUGCCUAUGCUAUGCAGUCGGUCGUCUACUUCUCCAGUCUUGAACAGGUUGCUCUCCUCCGUCGACAUCUCAGUCUCCGCUGGGAACCCAUACUCUGUCGGCGUCUGGAUCAGCUGAUCCCACGAUUGCGUACAGAAAUGGCUAUUACGGCCAACUUGACCCAAAUCGGGUGCCAUCGAUUUUCGGCUCAGCUUUCUGCCUCUUUUAUAAACGAUGCUUAUCUGCCCCAGCCUGUACCCAUGCUCCUGAUAGAAGCUGAAUAUUCAAAAAGUGAGUUGGAGAAACUCGUCGACAAGACACGAAAUUACAGAAGCCGAGGUUCGGACAAUUCUGCAAAUCUCAAGGCAUGCUCAGAUUCAGAAAGCAAAAUAAGCCCCAAGUGUAUGUUUCAUACUAGCUCCAGCCGAAAGCUCUUCUGCAAGGUCGUCCGGAACAGGAGAGCCUAG